AUGCCUACGGAUCCGAGCUCAAAUUCUGCUUCAAAGGCAAGUCUGACGCCUUCGAGCAUCAACAGCAACAUUUCAGAAGUACAGCCAACAACGGGCCUCAACACAAUCAAUGCUGCCGCAGGAGUCAAAGUGAAGGAGACUGAGAACCUGAGAGCAAACUUCACCGCAAAAUCCAGUCUGACAGCAGGCUCAGACAUCACUUGCACCCCCCAAUCGUCCCCUUUAUUGUCCUCUACGCCUCCUACAGUUAGCAAGAGUCUGAUCAAGGCCUAUCCAUAUUUGAUAGCUCUUAACAAGAUUUUGGGCAUCCUCACAUGGACGGAUGACACUUCUUACAUAUCCGUGCUCUUGGUGACGACUGCGACGCUAUUUAUUUUAUACUUUGAGAAUUUUGUGAUCUAUCUUGGACAUUUAUCAAUUGUUGGUCUUAUAUUCAUAUACUCGAUCUUCCGUUCCUAUGUCGAGAGGGAGCAAAAAAAGAGUCCUACAUUGGACGAUGUGGUGCACUGUCUAACUACCGUCAGCGUUCGUGCCGAUAUGCUUCUUUUCCCUGUGAGCUCCCUGAACCUGAGCUCUACAGACCUGCGCAGGCUCCUGUUCACAACGAUUUUUCUUUCCCCGGGCUACAUCUUGGUCUGCUACCUCAUCUUUCCACCAAAAACACUCUUGCUGAUACUUGUGAUUUUCUUCCUAACAUACCACUCCUCGUGGUCAAGGGUGACGAGAAAACUACUCUGGCGGUCGUCCAUGGUGAGAGCGUUCUGCUUUUACAACACAGGCUUAAUUUUCGAGUCCGGAAACAACGAAAAGAGCUCGCUUUUCAAGACUGCCAUGAACAAGACCAACAAGAAGCUAAGAGAGGUCACCAGGAAGGCUGGAGGCAAAAAUAGCGGACCGGUGAGGUUUACAUAUGUUCUCUAUGAGAACCAGAGACGGUGGCUUGGAGUCGGAUGGACUCCAAACCUGCUCAGCUACGAAAGAACUCCUUGGACUGACGAGUUCCUCAACGAAGCCGAGUCGCCUGAAAACUUUGAGCUUCCGCAACUCAACGACGAUUCCGGUAUGUACUGGAGGUGGAUCGACAAGACUUGGAGACUGGACCUCACGAACGACGGAGCGUUGCAGCUGCCUUCCUCCAAAUACAAGACCACAGCCGACCCCAAGCCGGACGAGGGUUUUAUCUAUUACGACAACACAUGGAAGAACCCGUCCACCGAAGAUUCGUUCAGCAAGUACACGCGGCGCAGGAGAUGGAUUCGUACAGCAGAGCUGGUUUCUCCAGGCGACGACAGCUCUACAGAAAGUGCCUCGUUGCCGCCUUCGGCUUCUGAGACCGUAGGGCUGACUCUUCCAAAAUCAACCUCGAUCUCUGACGUGCAGAGUAUCAAUGCAAGUGGUAAUAUCAGCACGAGUGCAGAUGCCUCUCCGGAUUCCGCAGGAACCGCCAAGAAACGCAAGAGUCUACGGUUCGAUGCUACUUCGACGGUGUACGAGGAUAAGGUGUCUGAUUUGAAAAACGCUGAGGAGACACCUGAAGGUGGUGCCGCAGACAAGAAGGAAGAAUAA